GCUUGGUGGGGCAUAAGGUGCAAAGAGGUUGAGAACCACCGACGCUCAGGGGCAGGCUCUCGAGGUGAUCACUUGUUUUUCACCGCAGCCCAAAGGACUAGAAGCCGCUUAGCACAGACAGUGAAUGAAAGGAUAACAAUGUGAGUUCAGGAUCUGGGGAUUCAAGAGAAAAAGGAGAAUCCCCUCUGGUGUUGCUAGAUGCAUCUGAAAGUCUAAGACAGCUUGUGGUCAACAAAAUUAGGCUAAAUUAAAGGUGCUUAGUCACCAGUCCAUGUGCCACAUCCAUCUUACAGAGCCAUGCCAUCUGGUCAGUGGGGCUCCCCAUGGGUCCCGAAAGUUGGUAGUGGGGGAGCAGCAGUAAUUAACACUGCUACCUCCCCCCCACCUCCACAUUACCAAGCCCCAGGGGAUGGGAUCAGGCCUCGACCAAGCCAGCCUUGCAUGGUGAGAUCAGGACCGCGGACCAGAUCCGGCCCGCAGACUGAAUUGGCACAGCUUAUCCAGCCUGCAGGGCCAAAAGGUUGAGCACCACUGGUCUGAAUAAACUAGACCCAAAGAGGGAAAGUGGCUUGCCCAAAGUCACACAGCAAUGUGUGACUGUUGACGAGAGAAUUCAGGUCCCUAUUCAGUGCCUUCCUCACUGAAUUAUGCUAACUCUCUAACAGUAGUGCCUUUGUAGGAGUCACACUCCUGGUCUCUCACCUCCUUAAUCUCUGUCCACAUUCAUUUAAUGAUAAUUCCAUAUGCUGUGAGCAGGACAUGGAUCUGGUACAGACUAUGUGGACAGAUGGGCAUCCUGGGAUCCAUAGUCCAAGGAACUGUUUGGAGAUGAGCCUGAGGAACGGAGUCGAGAGGAAGUGGCAUUGGACUCAGCUACAUAUGGCACCAGAAAUUGCCCCUGCCAGAUGAGCCAGCUUCCUCAGAAGAGUUCUCUGGAGCCCCCAGUGUUGGAGCGUGUGAAUUCAAGGGUAGAUUCUUUGGACAACUUAUCAAUGGACAAUUUUUGGCUGGAAGUGGAGAACAUCAAACAAAGCACUGAAGCAGAGCAAGAGGAAUGCAGCCCUGCAGAAGUCAAAACCCCAGAGGAGGGAGAAGCUGAAGCUGCAUGGCUACAGGAUGCAGGCCUCUCCGAUCUGAUUGGGGAUAAUGCUGCAGACAAUGGCAAUAUUGUGCUGCUUUCUACCUUGACCAAGACCCAGGCUGCAGCUGUGCAGAGAAGGCUGGAUACCUACUCACGGUCUCGUCGGAAGAAGAACAAACAGCCUGUGCGUGACGUCCGAGAUAUUUUUGGAGUGAUAAAUUCUGGGGAGGUGGUAGCUGAAACAGAGGAAUCAGUCACAACUCGGUCACAGCAUGGUUUGGGGUCUUCAGGCAACACACGCAAAUCAGAUGCAAGGGGACUUCAGGACUUCUCAGACAUGGUUAGGAGCUCUGGAAGAGAGGAAAUAUUCAAUACGGAUGUUGCCUACUCAGAGCAAGCGGCCAUUCUGCUCAAGGGAUCUCUACCCGAAUCCAGGCGGAUAAAAGAGGAGAAUACCUUAACUAAAUUUAAGCUCCGCAAGGGCAGGCUGGGUGUGACCAGAAUUGGAGAUCUAUCUCCGCAGGACAUGAAGAAGAUCCCCACGCUGGCACUAAUUGAGUUGACAGCUCUCUGUGAUGUCUUAGGUGUGGAGCUGAAGAGAAAUAAGGCCAUAAAGUUGAAAGCAACAGAGAAUCGACUCUUUGGAGUUCCACUCAACACUUUAUUGGAAAAUGACCAAAAACUCAUCCCCAAUGCCAAGGUCCCACUGAUACUCCAUGCACUGCUGUCAUGUCUAGAAAAGAAGGGGCUUGACACUGAAGGCAUCCUUAGAGUUUCAGGGUCGCAGACCAGAAUCAAGAAUUUGCAACAAAAGCUGGAAAGUGACUUUUACUCUGGCCUUUUCCGCUGGGAAGAGGUUCAUCAGAAUGAUAUAUCUGGCUUGCUGAAGAGGUUCAUUCGAGAGCUGCCCACUCCUCUGCUGAUGGCAGAAUAUCUGCCUGCUUUUGCUGCUGUGCAAAAUAUCCCAGACCUGAAGCAGAGAUUGCAAGCCCUCAACCUGCUCAUCCUGAUUCUGCCAGAGCCCAACAGAAGCACCUUAAAGGCUUUGCUUGAAUUUCUCAGUAAAGUGGUUGCCAGGGAGAAAAAGAACAAAAUGAAUCUCUGGAAUGUUUCCAUGGUCAUUGCCCCGAAUCUCUUCAUGCACAAGGCGCUGCCCAGCAAGGUCCCAGAAGGGAAGGAGAAACAGUUGGCAGAAGGGGCAGCUAAUGUUGUGCGGAUGAUGAUCCAUUACCAAGAUCUCCUUUGGACUGUCUCCUCUUUCCUGGUAGCUCAAGUGAGAAAAAUGAAUGAAAGCAGCAGCAGGAGGUACCAGUUUUAUGACAAGCGAAUCAAAAACUUGCUGCGGAAGAUUCAUACGGACAAGGACAAGACAGAGAAGAAUGAAGCCGAACCUUCCAAAAUUGUAAAAGUCCAGACUUCUCUCUUCCUGAAGGACUCAAUGGAAGUUCAUCUGAACAAUGGAACCAAGGCUGCUGAUGUUCUAAGGCAGUUUCAGAAACGCCUCUCUCAGAACAACUGGAAUAUUGUCAACACGGUACACCUGCUCAAAUGUAACGGCUCUGUUGAAUCUAUGAAUUUGCUCCUCUAUGAAGUUGGCGGCAAUAUAGGUGAACAUUGCUUGGACCCAGACACAUACCUCUUGGACUUGUACCACGUCAAUCCUCAUGCUGAAUGGAUUAUAAAGCAAAAUCCAUCUUUUCCAUGGAUGAUCUAAAUAAAUGAUGAGCAAAAAUAAACAUUUGAGUUGAGUUUCUGGGAGACAGAAGAAAACUAUUUACCAAAAAUGAGUAUGGCAUCCCAGAAUGAAGGAUCCUUGUGACUUGGGAGGGAAAGAACCUUGUCUUACUGCUUUAGUAAUAGCAGGCUGAAAAGGAGAGCACUAACCCUGACACUAACAUAAGAGUUGGUAACCAACAGGAGUCAACAUUAGGUUUUCACACCUUGCAGAUUCUUUGACCUGUAGCAGGGUAUCUGUGAACACAGAGCUGAAGGGGGGGGGAGGGGCAAGUGGGAAGACCUGUUCUUGGAGGAGAAACUGGUAGAAGACCUCUUAAUCCUUUUGGAUUUGCAUAAUUCCUUAUUUUGACCACAUCCUCAUUUUUGGAGGAAAGAAACGGUCAAGUGCUUUAGUACUGUCAGUAAAUGUUAGUGUCCACCUGUUGUCUAUGUUAAGUACCACCGACUUUUGAUGGAGCAGGGGGAGUUAGACCCUUUGGUCUUCGUUUUGUCUAACUGUGUUAGGCAACUUCUAAUUUUCUUUGUGGAGGAGGAACCGAAUGACCAGAUAUAAGGAAAAGCUGCCAUUCUUUGUGUAACUAACUACAGUUAAACCUGUACACAAAGAAAAAAUUACUGUUUCUGGACCCAAGAUAAACUUUGGGUAUCAACCCUCCGAAGCAGAUAUAGGAGAUGUACUAACAGGGAGCUUCUUGCCUGGAUCUGUAGAAGUCCUAUUGGUAACGGGUCUUCUAGUCCAGUGGAAACUAACAGAUGAUGCCAACGUGUGAAAUGUUCCACUACUAAUAAGGAAGGGCCAGAAUCUGUUUGUUGGUUGGUCUUCUGUGAAACUUCUGUAGUAAAAGGUAGCAGAGCAAGGAUUCUGGAUUGGUAUGUAAGGAUGUUUUUCAAUAUAGUUCAAGAAUUUUCAAAUCAGUGUUAAUAUGAGACUUACAGUCUGACCUGGCCGCAUCAUAUAAAGGCCAGGUAGUUCUGGUUAGGGGAAAGGGUAACUAGUGGGGAAUGACUGGAAUCAUGUCUGCUAACUAGUGUGUACUGAAUUGGGCCCAUUGACAGAUUGGAUAUAUCCUUCCAGGACUCUGGAACCUGAAUGCAGUGGGUUUGGAGGGAAAUAAGGAUAAUGCAAAACAGUUGGACCUUGUUUGGUGCGCUAAUGCAUGUGACCUGCUUCGUCUUUGGGCUGGAAUGGGACUGCAGCUUUGGAAGAAUAGUUCAGAAGUGUCACUAUCCUUCACAGCUGUUCUGAAAUACCUCAAGAACAAGUAAGCCCACUGUACACUGUUGCAGCAUGUGGAACGUGGAGUAAGUCCAUCUGCCAAAGUUCCUUCAUCAAUUUUAUAACGUGCUUAAAACAUUGUUAAAUGCUACUUAUUUGUGUGGCACAGACAGACAGGCCUGACUUUUCAAUGUGCUCCAGAAGGACUUCCUCUUCCCAUCCUUAGUCAUGCUUUAGACAAUCUCAGUAUUAUUUUCUUUUGUUAGCUGGAAUGUUUCCUUUGCAAUUUGAGCUUCAGAUUCUCUGUAUUAUUUUUGCAGGAGGAUAUUUAGCUGUCCCAGUUCAUUGUCUUAGAAUCAUAACAUUGUCCUGUAAGGACACUUCAAAUCUCUUUCUGUUUUUUCAUUCCAGUAAAAAUGUUUAGAGAUUGAUUAAGAUUCUGGAGAAACAGCUGAGCCACUUCUAGUCCUGAUAUUUGUCCUGUAUGUUUGAUACUUAAUCCUUUUUUUAAAUGUGGUUUGUAUAUGAGUUUUUGAUGUAGUUAUGAUGUAUGGAUGAAUCGGUUGGAGGAGUCGUCAUCUUUUCUUCCACUUCCCUAAUCCUUUCAUUGUCAGAAUCAUCAUUUGAAUUCAAACUGGGAUUUUCAAAAGUGACUUAAGGAUGCCAUGGGUUGGAGUGGGGAGAACAUUUCAAUUAAUCACCUUUUUUAUAGGGAGCUGAUUUUUCUGAGAAGUGCUCCAUGUUUUCAGAAAUUCAGUCUACUUUAAAGUUGGGCCUGAAAACUGAAGGACCCAGAGUCAUCAGUCACUUCUGAAAACUUUGGCUAAGGUGAUUUAUUAUGAAUAUUAUUAGAAUAAAAAAGACAGAGAAAAGGCUACAAAAAUGACCUGUUUAAAGCAAUACCUGCUGCACUGUGGCACAUUUUCUGGCCUCAAAAGAUAAUCGCAUGAGUGGUGGGGGAGAUGUUCCUACUCCCAGGGUUGCUGGUACUGUACUGGUGUUGGUGGGCCCUUGACAAAAUGCUAAAUCAUGACCUGUCUUUUUCUACCUACAGGCUAAUUUCCUGUGGGUGUUUUUUGUUCCAUUUUUCGCAUGUAAACUUUGUUGUAAUACUUUAGUGUAAUAACAUGUGAAAAAUUGCAAUAACUUUCUGCAAGGACUGGAGCAGUGUAUCUUCAUUAGGGAUGUAGGAACUCUCCAACAUCCACGAGCUGACUGCAAUUCUUGCAUCUCCUCCCAAAACAACUCAGUUGCUUAGAGAGAUGGCAAAGUAACACUUGGAAAUGCUGGUUAAUUUUGGGUGGGGAAGUAAUGAUUUUAAAUAUGAGUAGGGAGGGAUGUGUGCCAAGUUUUAGUUUAUUUCCUCCCCUCCUGCCCCACAAAGUUGCAACUGUAUGCAAAAUAUAGGUCUACUUUACAUGCACAGUUACUUUUAAUAGAACAUACAAAUACUUCUUUUUUAUUUUUCAGGUACAAAUAUCUGGUUUGUGUAUGCCAGUUAAACCUAACCUUUUGAACAUUUGGCUUGUAAAUGGCAAGUGUAAUAUAAUGUCCUCUCAGACAGUUAAAGCCACUUACAUGGGGAAACACAGAGUAUAGGCAAAAAUAACGGUGAGGUUACAUAUGGUGACUUCCCUGGUGCAAAGACUCAUUGAAAUAACAGUAGCAGCAGGCUUGCAUAAAUUGAAUGGUAGGAUUCUGCUAGUUCAGACUCGUACUGGUAAUAAUCAUGCAUUCUGAUUUGAUUUAUAAGAUUUUGGGAGUGGGAAGAAAAGAAAACGUUGCUCCGUGACUUCUGAAACUGUUCAUUUGUUUGACUGUCUCAGCAAACCAAAAAUGUGAAAUCAGUGCUACAAAAAGUAAGGUUAAAAGGGAUUGUUGUAUGGAACAAGCUUUGGAUUUAACACUAGAUCAGAAACUUUUUACCUCUAUCUCCAGAACUGAUCUUAUGUUUGUUUGUCUAACUUUUUGUAGAAAAGACCAAGUUUAAGGUCAGAACUGUCACCAUAAUGUAAAACCUGUUUGUCUUUUUUGAACGUUGGCUUUUAAUAAAGUUUUAAACAUUUUAAUGCCAUAUUUAAAAUCCAGUUAAUCAAUAAAAACAAUAAAAGUCUA